GCAAUUCUUCGACCUCGUUCUUUCGUGGCGUUUGAGUUGACGGUAGUUCAGAUUAGCGGGAUUUUUUUUCCACGUAGUCAGCACCUCAUCCUCUGGUCCACCUCUUCUCGUAGAAACGCGAGACAACACGAGGCGCCGCAGCUCUGUGAGAAUACGCAUGUGCAGAACAGUUCGACAGAAAAGAAAGCUACCCAUUUUAUAUCACCUUCUUUCGCUGUCGCAUAUCUCUUCCUUCUUUUUAUUAUAGCUGCACUGUGUCUGACCACAGGGGCAAACUAACGACCGCACUCUUGAGUCCGCACGAUCACGGUGCGAUCACCUUUUUUGUUGUUGUUUUCUUCCGCUUUUGUCUAUUUUUUGCGAGUCGGUGCGUGUGGCACUCUUAAUUUCAUUUUCCAUUUCGGCUACAGUUCUUCCACCUCAUUGUACUUGUACCAACCUCAAUACUUUCUUCCCGUUGUUCGCGGUGUUGUGCACAGGCCCUUCUGCUUCUUUUAGUUUUUCUUUGCUGUUCGCCUGCUUCCCAAAGAAUGCGCUAGUGAACAGCCACGACCACAGCAUCAGAGAAAGAAAGAAGCAACACUUUUCUGUUCCUGUCUUCCGUGGUGCUCUUCCAACUUCGACAGCAGGAGCGAAAAAAGGCUGUGAUUUUUUCCCUUCCGACGGCGCCUUCACAUGCGUUGAGAAGGCAAACGAAGAGACAAAAAGAAUAGACGCGUUCGUGAGCAAGCGAACGCGCACACCUUUUUUUUUAGCCCGUCUUCUACCGCCCGCGUUCUAAUUUGUUUGUGUCCGUUGAAAGGACAGCGUGAGAAAACAGGAAAGUCCUUGAUCGCAUCCGCGCGCGGAAGAGCUUGCGACGGAGCGAGAUUCCUGCGUGGGGCUGCGUUUAGCCUCACCUGCGUGGCACUUGCUCUUUCAUUGCGUACCACACGGCGGAUAGAAGCCGUGUGCGAGCUGUCGUUCUCGUAUCUGGUCGGGGCAUCGGUUAGGAAAGGCGAAGAGAGCACAUUAAAAGGCAAAAGAGGAUAUGAACAGCAUGAAGCGCCGGCCAAGCUCCUCCACUCCGCAGGGUGCGACGAACGGCACUCCGUCGGGGCGUGGGCCGCCGCCGCCGCUGCCGCUUCGCACGCCGCACGAGAGACUCUUUCACGACACCUACGGUCGAUCUGCUAGUGUCGCGGCCCCCUUCAAUGGCGGUGGAGGCGGAAGCGAUGACGCCGUAUUCCGCGGGGAAAAGAGUGGAGGCCGCUCUUAUCACCAGGACAUCACACGGAGCUCUUCCCAAUCGCGGCAGCCACCCCUGUCGAAUGGAGAUGCCGCGGCGAAUGCUGCAAAAGACGGCGCAGUCCCCAGUCGCCGCCGCAACAGCGCAGACGCCAUCGCCUUUCAAUACUACGCACACCACCACCAGCAGCGGCGCCAACGCCUGCAGGAGUCGACUAAUCAACCUGACACAUCGGCCACACCGGUGAAACUGCAGGCGCCGCAGCCGCAGCGACAGGACUUUCCCAACGGCCGUGGCGUCUCCACGCCGACAACGGCCGAGACGCGCGGUCCACCGACACCGUCGAAUGAGCGCAGCGUUCCCCCCCAACGCGUGUCGCGGCAACCACAACAUCAGCGGGGGGUCAGCAGCGCAAUGACCGCCACGCAGCGCGCCGCCUCCGCGACUCAGGCCCCGCUGACGCCGACGAUGACGGGGACACCCAUUCAGAACACGUCGACGUCGUUAGGGCCGUCUCCUCCCCCGCGGGAGGUGGCGGCGGAGACGGCAGAGCUGAUGGAAGGCGCGUCUGCUCCUCGUGCGUGGGCCGCGCAGCUGACGGCAUCGCAGCAGGAGCACUGCAGCAACCUGAUGCAGACGCUGACGCGGCUUCCCUUCGCCUUGGCGCGCGAAAUGCUCGCUGCUGCUGCUCGCCAGUACGAGUCACACCGACUGCUGCACUACUACGGGGGCGUCUGCGCACCCAGCGACUUGAGGGGCGAAGGCGUGAAGGGGGAGGAAGAGGUGCUUUCCACCGCGUCCUCGCCGUCCCCCGCCGCGCAGGAGCGUCAAGAAAGCACAAGAGGCGGCCGCGCUACUCUGCUGGAGACGCUGCAGCGCCAAGUGGACCGUCAGCAGCGCACCGAUUUCUCGUCAGAGACGCCGUCUGCUAAAAUGGGCGAAAGCGGCGCGCGUUACCCAUCACAGUCGCGAGGGCAAGCGCAGGGCAGCACUUCCCCAGCACGAGCUUCCGACACAGCUGCCGCUGCUCCUGGUCCCACAGGAACCACCUCCAAACAACGCGCACACGAGCUGCAGGGCAAUCUGGAAGGCGCAAGAAAGUCCACCGGCGACGUUCGUCGACCUCGCAACGCAUCCGCAGGCGGCCGCGCCCCACGGCAACUUCGCAGCCGAGUCAUGGCCAGCCGCGUCAGCGCAGCACGUUGCGGUUGCAACAAUGCCUCCCGUGACGGCUCAUCUGCUGCGGCCGUGCGCCGCUCUCCGCACCCCGUACCGGAGUUUUUGCGGACGAUAAAGCCGCCGCACCGCCACGGGCUCGGCGGAGCACCGCCGCCGGUUUUUUCGCCGUCCACGCCGCACACCCCUGCCGCGACAGAGGCGGCUCUCGAGAAGGGUACCGCCUUUAAGAGCUCGCCCCUCUCGCCCAUGAAAGAAAGCCGUUCCUCCCCCCAGAUGCUGCAGCGCGGUCGAAAUCGCGAUGGCUCGCACGCUUCUUCCCCUUACGUCACUUCGCAGGAGCCGGUGCACCGUGUGGUGCCCGUCCCCGCACUAUCUGAAGACGCCUUUCGCGCGAUGGGGCUUGACACUCCCGGCGUGGAGUUGUCACCGGGUGCGGCAGCUGCACGGCGAGUGUAUUGGGAGCAGCAGCAACAGCAGCAGCAGCAACGUAGUCAAAGUGGCGAUCCGCACAAUUUCUCCAACUUUAACCUCCACGCCGGCGAUGGUCACGUCGUUGCACCGCGUUAUCCAGAGAGUGUGUCGACGGAUAACGUCACUCGCUAUGCCCCGCUCCACCAGCACCGCGAAUUGGAGAGCGUCUCGCUCGACGACUCCGUUCUCCGCAGCGAUGCGCAUUUCCUUCCGAGUGCGGCGGUCGUGCCGCGCGAGAGUCUGGAGGCCAUACCGACCGCUACAGCACCGUCGGCGGUCAGCGGCAACACCACCAACUCACCGCCGCCCGUCUCUUCCCACGGUGCGAUGACGUCUCUCACACAACAGCUGACACCGCCAUCCGCGCAGCACUAA